AUGCCACCCUAUGCUGCUGAACUCGAAACCUGGUGGUUAGGGAUAGGCUAUGAAGCAGUUAAACAAUUGGUCACCGAUAAAUCAGAUGACCUUAACUCUCGACAGUGUGGAUUUGCACAGCAAAUGCAAACCAGGCUAUUGGCAUUCGAUAACGACCAAAUCAUUCAAGCCUCCCUUCAGACAACCUGGCCAGCCAUUCGUGCAGCAAGAGGAGUCGACUAUGACGCGAAUAGUCGCAAGAAUUCCAAGUACAUAGCUUCCAAUAUCUUUCGGAAGCCCCAUGAUGGAGGUAUUGACUUUGAACGUGCCAUGGAUGGCCUUGGGUACCUCGAUGCCAUCGAAAUUCGUCGCCUUCGCCUCCUUGAAGCCACCCAUGCUGCUAUGGAGACCAUCUCACCGACAGAAAGUCAACUACAAAUGCUCCAGGAGCUUGAUAGGACUUCCACCGCAAAUUUUCGGCUUCUACACGCCGGUUUCAGGGCCUGUAUCCUUAUCGAAGAAUUGACGAGAGGCUCCGAGUGCAGGAAGGAGAUCCCUCAAAUUAUGGGAAUGUUCAAUGCUCUUAUGCCUUCAGAUGUGUUUCUCGAAGACGAAGAUGAUGUCGACCCAACUCCACACUCGCCGGGUCUUCGCGACAGUGUUCGGUUUUCUGUCUUUGAGCACCUAAUGUCCGACCCCUUCUCUCCCCAUCAGCAAGAAGUCAUUAAAAUGAAGCUGUCUGGCUGGUGCGAGGUCACAGGGUAUCCUCAAGCCAGAGAUGCCAUGGUGAGAUAUUGUGAAGAGUUCAAGAAGCUGGAAGGUGUGGGCUUAGCGAUCAUGAACGAUCUUGAACGAAAAUCAUUCAGCACCGGAUCGUAUUAUAUAGCAUCUCCAACCUCGUCCACGUUGCUUGAUACAGACAAUUCACGAAGCUCUGGUUUUUCAGCAAGUGCAACCCAGGGCGCGAACGCUAUUUUCACAACUACGACUUCAAACGACAACCAGGACUCCGCGCCAACGACACCCUUAAGCCCAUGGGCUCUAUCGACCUCACAUCCCCUACUAAAAGGAAUGCCCGGAAGAGAAAUGAGCCCAGCUAAAACGGACGGCGCUCUUUUUUCUCAAGAUCUCAGCGCACCACCCGUCCUGUCAUAUCCUGAUAACCUCUCCAAAACAGAGUUUUUUCAGCACCCAUUCACCAGAAAGCUUGACAUGUCACCAGCCGAACAAGCAGCUUUGGGUCUUAUCCUACCCCGAGAAAUUGACAGUCGAGAUUUCUACGUUUUGGACAAGAUCAAAAAGAGAAUGCGCUAUCAGUCUGAUAGAUCCGAAAGGACAGACCAAAGUGGUAUGCCGUUCCAGGUACUGGACCAGCACGUGGGCACUUCCACUACACGCAAAUCAGGUGAUAGAAAGCGCUGGCCGUCGUUCAAAGCAAGCAUCUCGGAGCCAAUAUCUAUCAUAGGCCCAUUUCCUGGAAGUUUGAGCUUUGAAGCCAACAGCUAUGAGGCCUCUAAUACAUCUUCGAGCCCAUUACAGAGUCCCAAAUCACCCUCGAGACAGACCACCAUGGGGGGAAGCACCUUCCGGCCUUUCCACAGAAGGGGUAGAAGUAUUGGACUGAGUUGCCAACUUACAGAACCACGUCUAUCACCUAUGGAGUACUGUCGAAUGUACCUGAUGGAGAAGCACUUAUCUGAGUGCGAGAAUCGACCAUGUGAACUUCCAUCCCCCGACAAACACUGGUUCUGGACGAACUACUAUAAGCAAUUUCUGGUAAUACCGCAAAUACCAAAAGUAAUACGGCGUGAUUUGGAGCCCAUGGCUUUUGGCUUCAAUGUAGAAAGCACUGCCGCAGAUGAAUAUGCAGCUGAUUCUGAUGGGGAAUCAGUAUCAACUGUAAGGCCAGAAACUUACGCCAAUGGACCCAUGCGUCUAUCCCUUCACUUGGGUGGCGAGCCGAUCCUUCUACCCUCAUUCAUGGAUACAUUGCGUUUCAACUUGAGUAAUGCUCAGUUCAAAAAGGCCUCAGAGUUGGACAAAGAAGCCGGGGAUGGUCCUGGAGGCGCGGAUCCUGAAGAUAAGGAUAUGGUUGUACCACGUAGAGUACCAGCCGGGGGUGAGGUCGAAGAUUGGCGGCCUAUGAGCGAGUAUGAAUCAGACGAGAACGAUGAGACAGCAAGUGCGACCACACCAAUUGAAGCUUCUGGGGACAAUCAUUCGACUGAACACACAGGCAAGACCACCAAGAGAACGGUGACUGCGGCUCACCUUGCAAGCUUCGACGAUGCAGUGACCCUUCAAAAUCAGAAUACAUCGAGUUUGCCCGACCCGGGCACCCAUUCUUCUCGUCAGAGUGUCAAGAGGAAUGAUCUGAUAGGUGACUCAGAUCAAGCUGAUAGACAAUUCCACAACGACUCUGGUAGCUUCAGGCUUUCGAGGCAGUUAUCCCGUAUAUGUAAAGACGAAAUGUCUGUUUUUGAUUUUGCCACCCCAAGGCCCAGAGGCAAGACUGUUGGCUGUACUCCUCAGCCGCUGGCAACAACAGACACACAAAGUCCCCUUGCUCGUUUCCCUAUCGCAGUUCAGCCAACUCAUCGAUUGACUCCAGGAACACUUACAAAACGUGUUGUCGGUGAUUCUGGCGGUAAACUCCUUUUUGAAGAUACCCGACAAGCAAGACUAAUCCCAAGUCCUGGUGAUAAGUACCACCAAGGGCUUUCUGCGGACCUAUGGGAGCCCGACACAGAAUCAAUUAUCUCCGAACUUCAACCAAGUCCCUUGCAUAUCAACCGCCGGAAGCAUAGGGCUAACACUGACGAAUCUGAUCGUAGAUGGCCAAGAUUGUUUGAUAAGGGGUAUGCUGGUCCGCCUACCACACUUGAGAUGUUUAGGAUCAACGCCCCUACUGAGCGAGGCGAUUCCUUCGAUCCCGAAGUCUUCGGAGAUGACGAUGAUACUCCAACAGAAGAAGAUCGUACGCCUCGUGGGCUAAGACACCAAGAACAGGGCAUCCUGCAGGCAACACCUGCGCCAAGAGGCCUUCAACGUUCGGCUUCCACAAUUGUUACCCCAACACAGUCUAUGAAAAGGCUCGAACACAAAGCAUCUUUCAAUCUGGAAGCUAUGGCGCAAUCAGGUUUUACCCCGGAGAAUCGUAGGGAGAGCAUUUCGAGGGAUACAUUCCCCAGGUCUGGCAUAAUGCUCAACCUCCAGAGCACUCAGGAGCGUCUAAGAUGCCCUCCUCAAGAUUCUAAUGGAACUGAAAUGAGUACAAGCAUAACAGAUAAGACCCCCAAAGCAAGACGCUUGCCUGCUUUGCCGGACUCUGGGCGGCAUGAACGCGCUUUUGCACCAAAAGAAUGGAUGAGGGCUUUCGCAACUACACCCCGAAAGUCCAGAACCAUGCCGCGAAACGACGGGCGACUUGAGAAGCAUGUGGAGGCUUCUUCUGGAGUGGAUUGGCGAAAUACUUUGUUUCAGCCAAGUGUGACUAUGGAUGAGGGAGAUUUCGAACGUUCAACAUCGGCCACUACGCGGGACUUCUCGCAGCCUCACAAGCUCCAAAAGCCGCCAUCGCGAGCGAGACUUACUCCCAGCAGCACCUACCGUUCACCAAACCAGCAGAUCGACGAAUCAACUCGAGUCUCGUCCUUGAUGCCUCCCGGAAGUGAGGCAGACGUUCCUGAGCGAAGAACCCCAUCACCCACCGUCUCACAAACUACCGUCGUUCCACGAACACCAUCCUCGAGCAUCGGUAGUAUCUUCCGCAAGCGUAUGCGUUCGGACUACAAUCCCCCAGCAACUCCCCGAACACCGGCUGAGCCCACCUUGGCAUGGUCCCCGUUUGUUAACUGCGAACCCGAACCACCUUGUGCGUCGCCAUGGGUCUCAGGUAAUGGUGAAGGGAAAAGAGAGAAAGAGAAACGAGCGGCGUACUUCCGGGACAAAGUCGAGCGUGAGUUUCAGAACAGACAAUCGCCAAAGAGGUCCAGUCGUAAGGACUCCCUCGAAAGUGCGGCUAAUGAUGACACUGUUCAAAACAACGUCGUCACUGAUAAUAGGACCAGUAAAGAGAGUCUUAUACAAUGGAAGCAGUUCCUCGAAGAUGCCCCGGAACCGCUUUUCUCAUCACCUAGGCCGCCUGUACCACCUCUUCCUUCUGAGUCUCAGCUAAACAUCGCACUCGAUCGACCUUCCCGACAGCCACAAACCACUACUGGGGUAACAGCGCGGGGGGAAGUGACUCCAGCCGCCACAUAUCGAGACAAGAAACCCCAGGGAUUAACAGUAGAGACACGUAAGCUACGUAAAGCAAUGCGUGAGGGGGCGCAGACCCCAAGCAGAAACAAAUCGACGACGCCCGCCAGCGGAAGCAGCUUCAGGUCUACGUUUCGUUUGGAGGCACGACGAAUGAGCUUUGGACGACCAGCAGUCGACCAUGAGUCCCAGGGUAAAGGGCGAGAAACCGAAACUUUUCCAAGACGCAAGUAA